UAAGAUGCUUGAAGUAGGGGAAUAUGAAAGUGAAGACCAAAAGGCGAAGAUACUGGAACAACAAUUAAUUGAAGAGCAGAAACUGGAUACCAAACAGAAGAAGCAGGCUGAGAAGGAUGCUGAAGCGAAAGCCCAGAAGGGAGAAGUAUCUGAAGUUGCUGCUGAGAAAGUUUCUGAGGAAAAGGUUCCUGAGAGUAAAAAGCUUGAAGUAAAGGAAUCUGAAAGUGGAAGCCAAAAGGCGAACGUACUUGAACAACAAUUAAUUGAAGAGCAGAAACUGGAUACCAAACAGAAGAAGCAGGCUGAGAAGGAUGCUGAAGCGAAAUCCCAGAAGGGAGAAGUAUAUGAAGUCCUUGCAGACAAGGUUUCCGAAGAACAGGUUCCUGAGAGUAAAAAGCUUGAGGUAUGUGAAUCUGAAAGGGACGCCCAAAAGGCGAAGGUACUAGAACAACAAGUAAUUGAAGAGCAAAAACUGGAUACCAAUCAGAAGAAACAAGCCGAGAAGGAUGCUGAGAAGAAAGCCCAGAAGGGAGAAGCAUCUGAAGUCGUUGCAGAGAAGGUUUCCCAAGAAAAGGUUCCUGAGAGCAAGAAGCUUGAAGUAAGGGAAUCUGAAAGUGAAGCCCAAAAGGCAAAGGUACUAGAACAACAAUUAAUUGAAGAGCAGACGCUUGACAUCAAACGGAAGAAACAAGCCGAGAAGGAUGCUGAAAAGGUAGCCCAGAAGGGAGAAAUAUCUGAAGUCCUUGCAGAGAAGGUUUCCGAAGAAAAGGUUCUUGAGAGUAAGAAGCUUGAAGUAAGGGAAUCUGAAAGUGAAGCCCAAAAGGCGAAGGUACUAGAACAACAAGUAAUUGAAGAGCAAAAACUGGAUACCAAUCAGAAGAAACAAGCCGAGAAGGAUGCUGAGAAGAAAGCCCAGAAGGGAGAAGCAUCUGAAGUCGUUGCAGAGAAGUUUUCCCAAGAAAAGGUUCCUGAGAGCAAGAAGCUUGAAGUAAGGGAAUCUGAAAGUGAAGCCCAAAAGGCAAAGGUACUAGAACAACAAUUAAUUGAAGAGCAGAAACUGGAUACAAAACAGAAGAAACAAUCUGAGAAGGAUGCUGAAAAGAAAGCCCAGAAGGGAGAAGUAUCUGAAGUCGUUGGUGAGAAAGUUUCUGAGGAUGAACAGGAAGUGAUUAAACAGAAUUUGCAAAUCAAACUCUUAGAUAUUGUUAAAGCUUCUGAAUCUCAAAUUUCCAACGAAGGCUUGCAAUUGAUUGUUACGGAAAGUAACGAUAUAAUCGAAAAUCUAGAAGACUAUGAAAAGGUUUCUAAAUGUAUAUUUAAGCUUCGAGAACACAUUGUUCAUACCUACGAUGGUAAAUCACCUGAAAAACAAAAUGAAAAAGAAAUGGUGGAAGCAUUUAUCGAAUUACUUCUUGAGGCCUCUCCAGCUGCUUCGGAGGAUAUAAUAAAUUGUUGUUUAAAGGAAAUUAAGACUAAUAUCAUUUUAACCAAAGCUGCUGUCCGACUUAUUGGCGAUACGGAAGUGGGUACAAAAUCAUCGUUGAUAGUGCCGAAGCUUGGAAACAUCGAAAAUAUUUCGGAGAACAUCAGGUCUAAGCUGCAAAUUGAAAAGUCUUCUGAAAAGAUGGUUCAUCUGCAACAAAACCUAAUGGAUAUAUUUGUAAUACUUGAUGACCUUUUGGAUGACAAAACUGUUCUAUUAAAGCCCCUAAUUGAGGAUACGAAAACGGUUCUUCUAUCAGAAUAUGACUAUAUUGAGCAAAAACAGGGACAGCUGCAAACAGCAACAAUUGAAGGAAAAAUUCAAACCAUUACAAAAAACAUACUGAAUGUUUGCGAAAAGCUACAACAGCUCAACAAAGACCAGAUUGAAGAAAAGCGCAUUGAAGAGCACCAAUUAACUGAAAAGAAUAAACUGGACGCAGAAAAGGUUGAAAAAGAAGCUGAAGAGAAAACUCAGAAGGGAGAAGAAUCUGAAGUUGUUGCUGAAAAGGUUUCCGAAGAAAAGGUUCCUGAGAGUAAGAAGCCGGAAAUAGGGGAAUCUAAGGGUGAAGCCCAAAAGGCGAAGUUACUAGAACAACAAUUAAUUGAAGAGCAGAAACUGGAUACCAAACAGAAGAAACAAACCAAAAAGGAUGCCGAGAAGAGCGCCCAGAAGGGAGAAGCAUCUGAAGUCGUUGCAGAGAAGGUUUCCGAAGGAAAGGCUCCUGAGAGUAAGAAGCUUGAAGUAAGGGAAUCCGAAAGUGAAGCACAAAAGGCAAAGGUACUAGAACAACAAUUAAUUGAAGAGCAGAAACUGGAAACCAAAAAGAAGAAACAAUCCGAGAAGGAAGCUGAAGCGAAAGCCCAAAAGGGAGAAGCAUCUGAAGUCGUUGCAGAGAAGGUUUCCGAAGAAGAGGUUCCUGAGAGUCAGAAGCCUGAAAUAGGGGAAUCUGAAAGUGAAGCCCAACAGGCAAAGUUACUAGAACAACAAUUAAUUGAAGAGCAAAAACUAGAUACCAAACAGAAGAAACAAACCAAAAAGGAUGCUGAGAAGAAAGCCCAGAAGGGAGAAGCAUCUGAAGUUGUUGUUGAGAUGGUUUCCGAAGAAAAGGUUCCUGAGAGUCAGAAGCCUGAAAUAGGGGAAUCUGAAGUUGAAGCCCAAAAGGCAAAGGUACUAGAACAACAAUUAAUUGAAGAGCAGAAACUGGAAACCGAACAGAAGAAACAAUCUGAGAAGGAUGCUGAAAAGAAAGCCCAAAAGGGAGAAGAAUCUAAAGUUGUUGCUGAAAAGGUUUCCGAAGAAAAAGUUCCUGAGAGUAAGAAGCCGGAAAUAGGGGAAUCUAAGGGUGAAGCCCAAAAGGCGAAGUUACUAGAACAACAAUUAAUUGAAGAGCAGAAACUGGAUACCAAACAGAAAAAACAAACUAAAAAGGAUGCUGAGAAGAGCGCCCAGAAGGGAGAAGCAUCUGAAGUCGUUGCUGAGAAAGUUUAUGAGGAAAAGGCUCCUGAGAGUAAGAAGCUUGAAGUAAGGGCAUCCGAAAGUGAAGCACCAAAGGCAAAGGUACUAGAACAACAAUUAACUGAAGAGCAGAAACUGGAAACCAAAAAGAAGAAACAAUCCGAGAAGGAUGCUGAAGCGAAAGCCCAAAAGGGAGAAGCAUCUGAAGUCGUUGCAGAGAAGGUUUCCGAAGAAGAGGUUCCUGAGAGUCAGAAGCCUGAAAUAGGGGAAUCUGAAAGUGAAGCCCAACAGGCAAAGUUACUAGAACAACAAUUAAUUGAAGAGCAAAAACUAGAUACCAAACAGAAGAAACAAACCAAAAAGGAUGCUGAGAAGAAAGCCCAGAAGGGAGAAGCAUCUGAAGUUGUUGUUGAGAUGGUUUCCGAAGAAAAGGUUCCUGAGAGUCAGAAGCCUGAAAUAGGGGAAUCUGAAGUUGAAGCCCAAAAGGCAAAGGUACUAGAACAACAAUUAAUUGAAGAGCAGAAACUGGAAACCAAACAGGAGAAACAAUCUGAGAAGGAUGCUGAAAAGAAAGCCCAAAAGGGAGAAGUAUCUGAACUUGUUGCUGAGAAGGUUUCCGAAGAAAAGGUUCCUGAGAGUCAAAAGCCUGAAAUAGGGGAAUCUGAAGUUGAAGCCCAAAAGGCAAAGGUACUAGAACAACAAUUAAUUGAAGAGCAGAAACUGGAAACCACACAGAAGAAACCAUCCGAGAAGGAUGCUGAGAAGAAAGCCAAGAAGGGAGAAGCAUCUGAAGUCGUUGCAGAGAAGGUUUCCAAAGAAGAGGUUCCUGAGAGUAAGAAGCUUGAAGUAGGGGAAUCUGAAAGUGAAGCCCAAAAAACAAAGGUACUAGAACAACAAUUGAUUGAAGAGCACAAACUGGUUACCAAACAGAAGAAACAAGCCGAGAAGGAUGCUGAGCAGAAAGCUCAAAAGGGAGAAGCAUCUGAAGUUGUUGCAGAGAAGGUUUCCGAAGAAAAAGUUCCAGAGAGUCAGAAGCCUGAAAUAGGGGAAUCUGAAGUUGAAGCCCAAAAGGCGAAGGUACUAGAACAACAAUUAAUUGAAGAGCAGAAACUGGGAACCAAACAGAAGAAACAAUCCGAGAAGGAUGCUGAAAAGAAAGCCCAGAAGGGAGAAGCAUCUGAAGUCGUUGCAGAGAAGGUUUCCGAAGAAAAGGUUCCUGCGAGUAAGAAACUUGAAGUGGGGGAAUCUGAAACUGAAGCACAAAAGGCAAAGGUAAUAGAACAACAAUUAAUUGAAGAGGAUAAACUAGAUACCAAACAGAAGAAACAAGCCGAGAAGGAUGCUGAGCAGAAAGCUCAAAAGGGAGAAGCAUCUGAAGUCGUUGCAGAGAAGGUUUGCGAAGAAAAGGUUCCUGAGAGUAAGAAACUUGAAGUAGGGGAAUCUGAAAGUGAAGCCCAAAAGGCAAAGGUACUAGAACAACAAUUAAUUGAAGAUCAGAAACUGAAUACCAAACAGGAGAAACAAACCAAAAGGGAUGCUGAAAAGAGAGCCCAAAAGGGAGAAGCAUCUGAAGUCGUUGCAGAGAAGGUUUCCGAAGAAAAGGUUCCUGAGAGUCAGAAGCCUGAAAUAGGGGAAUCUGAAGUUGAAGCCCAAAAGGCGAAGGUACUAGAACAAAAAUUAAUUGAAGAGCAGAAACUGGAAACCAAACAGAAGAAACAAUCCGAGAAGGAUGCUGAGAAGAAAGCCCAGAAGGGAGAAGCAUCUGAAGUCGUUGCAGAGAAGGUUUCCAAAGAAAAGGUUCCUGAGAGUCAAAAGCCUGAAACAGGGGAAUCUGAAGUUGAAGCCCAAAAGGCGAAGGUACUAGAACAACAAUUAAUUGAAGAGCAGAAACUGGAAACCAAACAGAAGAAACAAUCCGAGAAGGAUGCUGAGAAGAAAGCCCAGAAGGGAGAAGCAUCUGAAGUCGUUGCAGAGAAUGUUUCCGAAGAAAAGGUUCCUGAGAUCAAGAAGCUUGAAGUAGGGGAAUCUGAAAGUGAAGCCCAAAAGGCAAAGGUAGUAGAACAGCAAUUAACUGAAGAGCAGAAACUGGAAACAAAACAGAAGAAACAAUCCAAAAGGGAUGCUGAAAAGAAAGCCCAAAAGGGAGAAGUAUCUGAAGUUGUUGCAGAGAAGGUUUCCGAAGAAAAGGUUCCUGAGAGUCAGAAGCCUGAAAUAGGGGAAUCUGAAAGUGAAGCCCAAAAGGCAAAGGUACUAGAACAACAAUUAAUUGAAGAGCAAAAACUGGAUACCAAACAGAAGAAACAAACCAAAAAGGAUGCUGAAAAGAAAGCCCAAAAGGGAGAAGCAUCUGAAGUCGUUGCAGAGAAGGUUUCCGAAGAAAAAGUUCCUGAGAUUAAGAAGCCUAAAAUAGGGGAAUCUGAAGUUGAAGCCCAAAAGGCAAAGGUACUAGAACAACAAUUAAUUGAAGAGCAGAAACUGGAAAGCAAACAGAAGAAACAAUCCGAGAAGGAUGCUGAAAAGGAAGCCCAAAAGGGAGAAGUAUCUGAAGUUGUUGCUGAGAAGGUUUCCGAAGAAAAGGUUCCUGAAAGUCAAAAGCCUGAAAUAGUGGAAUCUGAAAGUGAUGCCCAAAAGGCGAAGGUACUAGAACAACAAUUAAUUGAAGAUCAGAAACUGAAUACCAAACAGGAGAAACAAACCAAAAAGGAUGCUGAGAAGAAAGCCCAGAAGGGAGAAGCAUCUGAAGUCGUUGCAGAGAAGGUUUGCGAAGAAAAGGUUCCUGAGAGUAAGAAACUUGAAGUAGGAGAACCUGAAACUGAAGCACAAAAGGCAAAGGUACUAGAACAACAAUUAAUUGAAGAGGAUAAACUAGAUACCAAACAGAAGAAACAAACCAAAAAGGAUGCUGAGAAGAAAGCCCAGAAGGGAGAAGCAUCUGAAGUCGUUGCAGAGAAGGUUUGCGAAGAAAAGGUUCCUGAGAGUAAGAAACUUGAAGUAGGGGAAUCUGAAAGUGAAGCCCAAAAGGCAAAGGUACUAGAACAACAAUUAAUGGAAGAUCAGAAACUGAAUACCAAACAGGAGAAACAAACCAAAAGGGAUGCUGAAAAGAAAGCCCAAAAGGGAGAAGCAUCUGAAGUCGCAGCGGAGAAGGUUUCCGAAGAAAAGGUUCCUGAGAGUAAGAAGCUUAAAGUAAAGGAAUCUGUAGCCAACUCUCAAAAAGAAGAGCAGCAACUGAAUACAAAACAGCAGCAGCUGGAUAAAUUAUCACAGAGCUUAGAUGAGAUGGUUGAUGUAGUAGAUAAAAGCGAGAGCAAACGACAUGAAUCUGAAACGGAUACUGUUAAGGCGGAAGACUCCACUAGUUUGGAAGCGAAAACGUACAAGUCCUUGGAGUCUGAGUAUAGGGAAAGAAAGGAAACCCGCAGCGCUAAGCGUAAGCCGACAGUCGAUCUAAUGCUGACAAAUCGUAAUUCGGCAACGGGAAGUGAUCUCAAGUUGACAUGCGGCUUAUCUGGUCACGAGAUGAGAGUGAUGUGGUUCAAGCAAAAUAGUCCCAUUGCGAACGAUGCCAAGCACAAAAUAACCCUGAACGAUGGUCUGUCCUGCCUUGAAAUCAAAUCGACAGAAAUGAAUGAUUCUGGCAUAUAUCGAUGCAUAGCGUCCAAUCGAAAUGGAGAGGUGGAAACGAGCUGUCUUGUGACAAUAUACGAAGCACCUUCAACCAAAUUUGGCACACCGCCAAUAUUUACACGCAACAUACGAGAAUACUAUCACAUGCGCGACGAUGAGCUGACCAUUGAGUGUCACGUGCACGGUGUACCGCGUCCGGUUGUUACCUGGUGGCGCGGCGCCUUCCAGGUGAAGCCCAGCUACAAGUUCACCAUGCUCGAGGAGGCCCACGGCGUCUGCAAGCUGCUCAUCUACAAGCCCGGCAACAAGGAUAGCGGCACCUACACCUUAAAGGCCUUCAAUUCAAUCGGCGAGGCACAUAUCAACCAAACCGUCGAGGUGGCCAAGAAUCUGCACUAUCAUGUGCCCGGCAUAUUCCAUGCGCGCGACAGGAUCCAACUGGACAGCUUGAAGCAGGCCAAAGGGCAAAUGGAUGCCGCGCUCAAGUCCAUGGCCGAAUCGGAUCAGAAACGUGCCGAAGUCGAGGCCGAGCAGCAGCGUGUCCAGGCGGCGCGUGCACCACCCGAGCCACUUGUGCCGGCCAAGCAAAAGCUGCAGUUUGCCACCCAGCUGCGCGACCGUAUGGCCCUGGAGGGCACAACCGUGAAGUUUGCUGCCACGGUCAUUGGACCAGAGCCAAAUACGCGCUGGAUGAAGGAUGACACAUGGCUUGUGAUGAGCGAAAACAUCAAGAAUCUGUCCGAAGAGGGCAAGGCCAUUAUUCAGAUCAACAAAGUCACAUCGGCCGAUACGGGCGUCUACAAGUGUGUGGCCAAGAACGAUCUCAGCGAAAUCGAGACCUCAUGCUACUUUAAGGUGUAUGCGGCACAAGCUGAUGGCGACGAGUCCGAGCCCAUUUUUGCCCUGCCUAUGCGAGAUGUGUAUCACUCCUCCCAAAAUGAUUUGAUUAUCGAUACGAAGGUGCGCGGCAAUCCCCGUCCCGUCAUCUCUUGGACGAAAGAUCAGAUACCCGUUGUGCUCGACGAUCGUGUCGUGCAAAUCGAGCACUUGGAUGGCGUCUGCGAGCUAAUCGUUAAUAAGCCAACUGUGAAUGACAACGGCGUCUACGUUUGCACCGCCCAGAACAAAUUGGGCAGUCAGUCGACCACCCACACGGUUGUUGUCGACACCACGCACACGUCGCGCCGCUCUAGUGUAUUAUCGGCGGCCAUGCAGGAGGAUUCAGCCGCCGAAGGUGGUGGCAAGUCCAAGCCGAAGAAACUGCCCAAGAAAGAUGACGAAGCCGAGGCCGGCGGCGAAGGCGGCUACGAACGACGCAGCCGCUUGCCCGAUCCGUCACCCAAACAAAUGCUCUAUUUCACGGUCAACCUAUCCAAUCGCUACGUAGCCGAAGGCUCCAAGGUCAAGCUGCAAGCUGUUGUUGGCGGACCCGAGCCGACCAUCAAAUGGCAAAAGGAUGACCAAAAUGUCCAGUACGGACCUCGUAUACGCAACAUGAACCGCGAAGGCUUAGCUGUGCUGGAAUUCGUAAGCGCCCAGCCCGAAGACUCCGGCACCUAUACAAUAGUAGCCCAGAAUGAGUUUUGCAAGAUCACCACGUCGGCGAUGUUGCACGUCUAUCAGCCGAAGGUCAACACCGAUGUGCAGCCCGUUUUUAUACGCUCUCUGAAAGAGACCUAUCAUCUGACCUCGAAUGAACUUAUACUGGAGACAGCUGUGCGCGGUCAGCCCACACCUCAGGUGCAGUGGUUCAAGGACAGCAUUGAGGUUCAAAGCGGCGGCCGCUAUCAGAUAAUUGAACAUCAGGAUGGCACUUGUGAGCUCAUCAUUGAUCGGCCGGAUAGCAAGGAUUCGGGCAAAUAUGUGAUCAAGGCGGAGAGUCGUGCUGGCAAAAUGGAAAGUUCGCAUUAUGUGCUCUUCGAGGGCAAGGCCUCGCACAUUGCGGACAACAUUCACGGUGUGUUCCAUGCAGACAAGAGCCUGCUGCGGCCCAAAGAGGUAGAGAAGCCAGCUGUAAAGCCGGCUCCAUCGGCCGCCGACGCAGGAGCUGAAGGAGCUGAGGGAGAGGAGGGCAAAGGCAAGCGUCGUGGCCGCAAGAAGGAUGACGCCGAAGAGGAAGGUGUAUCUUCGGCUACGGACUAUGCCUCCGAUACGGCUAGUAUGUCCAGCAAGCGGCGCGAGAAGAACAUUGGCAUACACUUUACCACCACGAUGAGGGAUCGUGUUGUGGCUGAGGGUUCCAAGGUGAAAAUCUCUUGCUUCCUGGAGGCCAAAGAGCCGCAGGUUAAAUGGUUCAAGAACGAAGAGCCACUGCAAAAUGGACCCAAGAUUCGAGGACGCUACAGCGAAGGCCUCUGCCUUUUGGAGAUCACUAGCGCCACCGAGGAGGACAACGGCGAGUACAAGUGCUGGGGACGCGAUGAAACCGGUGAGGCGUCGACCUCCUGCAGGCUAGAGGUCUUCGCAGAUCCGGGCACGGGAGAUGUGCCACCAACGUUCACGCGCAACAUAAGGGAAACGCUGCACGGCAAGAUCAACGAACUCCAGCUGGACGUACAUGUGCGCGGUCUGCCGACGCCCUCAGUGUCAUGGUACAAGGAUAGUGUGAAGAUCGAGAACAACGAAAAAUACCAUCAGGUGGAUCACGAUGACGGCACCUGUGAACUGUUCAUUAGUCAUCCAAAGGUCGCCGACAGCGGCAAAUACGUUUGCCAGGCCGAGAAUCGCGAAGGUCAAACGGAGAUCGUGCAUAUGGUUACCGUAGAGCCACGCGUUCGGGUGCGUCCCAUGUCGCCACCUAGAGAGGGACGACCACCACCCAUACCGGCUGGUGAGGAGGAAGAACCAGCUGCUGAGGGUGAAGCAGUUGAAGGGGAAGGCACGGAGAAGAGAGUACGCAAGCCCAAGAAAGAUGAUGAGGAGCAGACAAGCUCCAGACGCGAGGUUCCACCGCCACCAGAUCUUAAGAAGCGUCUCUAUUUCCGCAACUACCUGUCCAAUCGCACGGUCAAGUCGGGCGCCAAUGUCAAAUGGAUGGUCAAUAUCGAUGGACCGGAGCCAACGGCCAAGUGGUUCCAUGGCGAUCAGCCAAUUACCUUCGGGGCCAAGAGCAAAAUGUCCAUGCAGGAUGGCAUCGCCUGGCUCAAUCUGGUCGGCGUUACGGAAGAGGAUGCCGGCGAAUAUACGUUGAGAGUAAGAGGAUCCGAAAAUGAAAUUGUUAGCACUUGCAACCUGUUCGUUUACAGCACGGGUCAAGUUGAGAUAGUCCCACCCACCUUCACGGUGGGCAUCAAAGACACGUAUUCUCUCAAUGAGAAUGAGUUGGUUCUGGAUUGUCGCGUGCGUGGCCAGCCCCGGCCAGAGAUCGAAUGGAUGAAGGGCAACGAAGCCAUCAGGAAUGAUGAGAAAUAUCAACUGAUCGAUCAGGCCGAUGGCUACUGCAAGCUGACCAUACGCAAUCCCACCGAAAAGGACUCUGGCAUAUACUCCUGCAUAGCGACCAACGAGGGCGCCCAACAUAAGAUGACCCAUCAGGUGGACUUUGCGGGCCGUGAGCGUUUCACACAGCAGAAAACGCACGGCUUCUUCCAUCGCGAUCCCAACAAGCCGCACUUCCUGACCCCUCUGGGCAAUCAGACCGUCUGCAAUGGCGGCACCGUUGCCAUCUCCGCUGAGUUUAUGCAGUCGAACACGCCCAUUGAGGUUAAAUGGCUCCGCGAUCGCCGGAAUGUUGAUGGUCCCAAUGUGAAGACCAUGAACGAGCGUGGCGUCUACACGUUGACCAUCAUGAAUGCCGGGGCUGAGCAUGAGGGUACCUACACUUGUCUCGCCUCGAAUGCCUAUGGACGCAUUGAGUCGCACGUCAACAUUGAUGUCGCCGUGGGCGCCGAAAAGGACGAACGUCCGCCUCUCUUCCUGUCCAGGCCCGAAACCGAAAUGAAGAUCGCCGUGGGUGAUCCCUUCUCGUUGUCCUUCCGCAUUGCGGGUGAUCCGAAACCGAAGCUUGUGUUCAUGAAGGGCACCAAGGAUAUAACCCAAUCGGAUCGCGUUAGCAAAGAGGUAUCCGAUGACUAUACCAGAUUCACAGUGCAAAAGUCGCAGAUCUCCGACUCCGGCACCUAUUUCGUUGUUGCCCGCAACGACUUUGGAACGGACAGAAUAUUCGUCACCAUUACAGUUAACCCGCGCGCUCGCUCUGAAACCCCAACGCAACCACGAUGGGGCCAACCCCUCGACAGUUACAGUGAAACUUCGUAUUUCAGAGAUCCACCCGGGUGCAUAUCAACCGAACCGCUGGUCGUUGACUCCGGACCCAGCCACAUAUCGUUGUCGUGGGGCAAGCCCGUCAGCGCCAACUCUGCACCUGUCAUUGCCUACAAAGUGGAGGCAUGGAUUCUUGGCCAUGAGGGUGGCGCCUAUUGGCGCGAGUUAGGUCUGACGCCCAUUAAUUCCUUCGAUGCCUUCAAUCUGAAGCCCAAUUUGGAAUACCAUUUCCGGGUGACGCCCAAGAAUCGCUAUGGCUGGGGGCCAGCGGUUCAGACCAGCUCCGCCCUGCAGGUGGGCGGCGUCGAGUGUCUGCCGGAAUUUGUCAAGAUUCUGCCGGGACAGGUGAAGGCGUUGCUUGGCUCCUCGUUUACGCUGCAGUGCAACAUGCGCGGUGCGCCGCGUCCAAAAGUCACCUGGUACAAGGAUGGCAUUCAGCUGAGCAACAGCUCGGAAUGGGUCAAGAUACGCCAAAUCGGUUCCACCUGUGCGCUCACCAUAGCGACAGUUUGUGAGCUCGAUUCUGGACGUUACACCUGCGAGGCAACCAAUUCCAAGGGACGCGUCUCCACCUUUGCACGCCUGCAAGUCGUAUCUGAUCCCAGGGUCUAUGAGGCGGAUUCGAGGCUGAAGGAAAUCGCACACGGUCGCCAUCCGGCUGAGCUUGGCGAAUCGCUGCCCAUUUUCACGAUGCGUCUGCGAGACCGUCGCGUACAGGUCACCUACCCGGUGCGUCUCACCUGCCAAAUUGUGGGCUAUCCCGCGCCGGAAAUACUCUGGUAUAAGGAUGGACAGCUAAUCAGCUGUGAUAGGCGGCAUCUCAUCACGGCCGAGGGUCAAUUCUUUACGCUGGAAAUCGCAGCCACAACGCUCGACGAUAGCGGCAACUACACCUGCACGGCCAAGAACGAGCUGGGCUCCGUGUCCUGCCACAGCUGCCUGGUGGUGGACAAAGGCAUACGCGCUUACAUCUCACCCGACUUUUACGUACCCCUCGACCCAUUCUAUGUGUUCCGCGAGGGCGCCGAAAUACGUCUGUCCACCAAGGUGGAAGCCUAUCCCGCUGUGGGCGUCAGCUGGCAUCGCAAUGGCAUGCGCCUGCGCCCUAGUCGACGCAUAUCCGCCACUCUAGACUCCACGGGCUAUGUGGAACUAAUCAUUGCCGAGGCAACACCACGCGAUGCGGGCAUUUACGUGUGCGUGGCCUCCAAUGUGGUCGGCAAGGUGGAGACAAUUUGCCGUGUGGCCAUCGAGGAGAUCGAAUCAGCUGCAACUCCACAACGCGCACUGGAAAUACCCAGCAUCAAGACGAGCGAUAUGCCUUACUCAAAGGAGCCGCUGUUUGUGGUGAAGCCGCGCUCCAGCGAAGCCUACGAGGGCGACAACGUCAUCAUAUUCUGCGAAGUGGUCGGCGAUCCCAAGCCCGACGUUGUCUGGCUGCGCGAUUUUCUAAAUCCGGAGUACUACAAGGACGCACCACACUUUAGACGCAUCGGCGAGGGGCCGGAGUAUCGCUUGGAGAUACCCAGCGCCAAAUUGGACUUUACCGGCACUUACUCAGUUAUAGCCAGCAAUUGCCAUGGCGAGACCAAGGCUGUAAUAUCCCUGCAAAUUUACGCCAAAGAUAUACUUAAAGAAAAUCGCAUGGACAAGGUUCACACGAGACAUGGCAAUAUUGAAACUCUGCCGCGCUUCAUACGCAACCUACGCAAUCUGCGCUGUUGCGAUGGAGACGCCAUAUCGCUGGAGUGCCAUGUGGAGGCAAUGCCGGAGCCCUAUAUAAUAUGGGAGAAGGAUGGCCACGUCUUGCCCAGCGACAGAGACUACAUAAUGUCAUAUGACGGCAUGAAGGCCACAUUGAGCAUACCACGGGUCUAUGCCGAGGACGAGGGCGAAUAUACGUGUGUGGCCAAGAAUUCAGUGGGCCGCACCCUUUCGUCAGCCUGCAUUAUUGUGGAUGUGCCUGAGGAGAAGGAGAACAUGCUCAGCCGGCAAUUGGCACGGCCAAGUGCUUUGCUAUCGGCCCACUCCACGCCACGUUCCACACCGCGCUCGACGCCCAAUCGUAGCUUUUCACCCAUGAGACUUUCUUACCGCAACAGCAGCAUUGAUCUGCACAUGGGCUCGGUGGAGCGCCGGCGCAGCGAUGCACGUUGCAUAUCAGCGCCCAAAUUCCUAGCCAUUCCCUACAAUCGUGUCGUGGAGGAGGGCGACAGCGUGCGCUUCCAAUGCGCCAUUGCUGGUCAUCCCACGCCCUGGGCCACCUGGGACAAGGAUGGCCUGAUUGUCACGCCAACCACACGGAUUGCUGUCAAGGAAGUCGAUGAUCUGCGCUUCAUUGAGAUCGAUGAAGUUGGCUUUGACGAUGCCGGCCUGUACCGCAUCACGCUUGAGAAUGACUUUGGGCGCAUAGAAGCCACCGCUCGUCUGGACGUUAUUAGCAGCUCACGCUACUCAAAGUCGCCCUCGACACGAAGCGUUCGUGCCUCCUCCUCGCGACGCAAUGCCUAUCUAUAUCGGCGCAUCAUGGGCCCAUCCACAGCUAUUGGCGGUCGCAUGGCGCUAGCGAGUGGCUUUCGUGGCUCGUCCGUGCCCUCGGUGAGAUUCUAUCACAAUAACGUUGAGCUGGAGCCCUCAGAUCGGGUGCACAUUGUGCUGCAGGAGGAUGAGGCUAUGCUAUUUGUGGACAACGUUACAUUAAACGAUGAGGGCGUCUACACCUGCAUAAUAAGCGGCGAUCAUGAUCCCCUAAUUAGCUCCAUCGAUGUCAAAUUCCAUGGAUCAAGUACUGAAAUUCAACAUCGCCCCGCUGCCAUUGCUGAGCCGCUGUCGGAGCUUACCAAAUCCGUUGAGGGCGAGGUGGUCGAUCUCUGUUGUGCCAUAGAUAGCGCCGAACCGUACAGCUACGUGUGGUUGCGCAAUGGCGAAAUUCUGCCCGACAGCGAGGAGUUCAACUACAUCGAUCACGGCAAUGGCUGUCUCUGUCUGCGCAUCAACGACGCCUUUGACAUUGACUCCGGCAUCUACAGCUGUCAGGUGUACACGUCUACGUCGGAUGACAGCGACGGCGACUGCGAGUGCGACUGCAGCAGCAGCGGUGAGCUGUGCGUGCUGGAGCGGGAUCUAACGCGGCACGACGAGAGCGUACAGCUGCUGAAGACACCGCUGCCGGUGGUGUGUGCGUCAGGAGCUGAAGCUCUCUUCUAUGCGCGUGUUUACCCCUGCGAAGCGGAUGCCGAAUGGUAUCUCAAUGGAAAACUCAUAUCGGAUGACUCACUUAACAUGACGUUGGAGUCGUAUCCGGAGAACGGCAUUCGCUUGCUGCGCCUGCGAGACGUCCAGCUGGCCCAGAGCGGUGAGCUGCGUCUGCAAGUGAAGCAUCCACAGGCGGAGCGACGCACGCCCGCCGCCCGCAGCUACACCAGCCUCCUAGUGCUGCCCACAGGCAGCAACAGCAGCAGCAACCAGAGCAAGGAGCACGACAACAACUAUUCGCUGGCUGCCAGCAGCUGCAUUUUGAAAGGCCCCGAAGAUUGCACCGCACUCAUUGGCGGCCAUGUCCAGCUGAGCGUGCACUAUGAGCCAUUCCCCAACACCAAAGUCAUCUGGUACAAGGCGUGCCGUCCCAUUGUUGAGGGCGCCAAUGUGACAAUUCGCAGCACGGCGCAGCAAUCGACGCUUUAUAUAACGGACAUCGCAGCUGAUGACAGCGGCAAAUAUACGGCGGAAAUAAUGAACGAAUAUGGCGUGGAGGCAGCUGCCGCCUCGGUGGCCGUUGAGGGACCACCAGAGCCGCCCAGCGGACAGCCGAGUAUCUCGCUCGGUCCGGAUCGUGUGGCCAUAGCCUGGUGUGGUCCGCCCUACGAUGGCGGCUGCAUGAUAACGGGCUUUAUCAUCGAGAUACAGAGCUGCAAGCCAACGGACUGUGAUAGCGUUAAGGAUAACGCUGACUGGCAGCAGCUGACCCGCGUGGUGGAUACGCUGGCCUAUACCGUCAAGGAUCUGCUGCCACAGCUGCAGUACAGAUUUCGUGUUCGCGCCGAAAACAUACACGGACGCAGUGCACCCAGCCAGGUCAGCGAACUGGUGCAGUUGACACGCACAGCCACAACAGUGGAUGCUGCUGCUGCUGCAGCAGCAGAUGCAACAGCCAAUUCCCUGAGCGCUGUGUCUGUGCAGUCUGGCGGGGAUUUCAAGGCACGCUUCGAAAUCAUCGAGGAGCUGGGCAAGGGACGCUUUGGUGUGGUCUACAAGGUGCAGGAGCGCGCACAGCCCGAACAGCUGCUGGCCGCCAAGGUGAUCAAAUGCAUCAAAUCACGCGAUCGCCAAAAAGUGCUCGAGGAGAUAUCCAUAAUGCGCUCACUGCAGCAUCCCAAGCUGCUGCAGCUGGCCGCCUCCUUCGAGAGCGCACGCGAAAUUGUCAUGGUCAUGGAAUAUAUUACGGGCGGCGAACUGUUCGAGCGCGUUGUCGCGGAUGACUUUACGCUGACCGAGCUGGACUGCAUUCUGUUUCUGCGGCAGGUGUGCGAGGGCGUUGCCUAUAUGCAUAGCCAGAGCGUGGUGCAUUUGGACCUGAAGCCGGAGAACAUAAUGUGCCACACGCGCACCAGUCAUCAGAUUAAGAUCAUAGACUUUGGCUUGGCCCAACGCCUGGACACCAAGGCGCCGGUGCGUGUGCUCUUCGGCACGCCCGAAUUCAUACCGCCGGAGAUCAUUAGCUACGAACCCAUCGACUUUAAAUCGGACAUGUGGAGCGUCGGCGUCAUUUGCUACGUACUUCUCUCGGGCCUGUCACCUUUUAUGGGCGACACGGAUGUGGAAACUUUUUCGAAUAUAACGCGUGCGGACUACGACUAUGAUGAUGAGGCCUUUGAUUGCGUCUCUCAAGAGGCCAAGGACUUUAUCUCACAGCUGCUUGUCCAUCGCAAGGAGUCGCGCCUGACUGCCCAGCAGUGCCUCGAGUCCAAGUGGCUGUGCCAGCGCCAUGACGAGAAUCUCAGCAAUAACAAAAUCUGCACGGACAAGCUCAAGAAGUUCAUCAUACGACGCAAGUGGCAGAAAACGGGCAAUGCUAUACGCGCCCUGGGUCGCAUGGCUACGCUGUCAGCAUCACGUCGCAAUUCGGCCAUUGCCAUGGGCGCUUGCAAUAGUCCGCGUCCCUCCAUUUCUGGUCUGAGCAUGCUGAGUGCCGCCCAUGUGAGCAGCACGCAAAUGGCGUCCCUGAACGAGGAGGAGGAUGAUUUUAGCGGCGAGAUGCCGCACGUGGACAAGCGGAAGACGACGGGCGUAUUGAGGCUGCGCGACAAGUCGCAGUGCAGCGAACGCAGUGAUUCCGGCUAUAGCGAGUGCUCCAAUGGCAGCCUGGGCACACAGGAGACGCUGCUUCUCACGCUGGCCAAGAACAAGCUGGAGCAAAUAGCCAAAGCAAGCCAGGCUAGCGAGGCCUCGGACAAUGCAGCCACGUUUGCAAGCAGCGUGCCGGCUCUGGAGCUGCCUGCCAAGGGUGAACCCAUAAUGCUGUCCGACUUUACCAAUACGAUUAAGAUGCGCAAGAAAUCACUGGAGGAUAGCUGCACGCGCGAGAAACCAAAGCCGCAUGCCACCAAGCCGAUUUGCGAGUCCAAGCUGAAGGUGUCCCAACUGAAGCACAGGUUCCAGCAAUCAAAUGCUGCCGCUGCCGCUGCUUCCGCUGCUGCUGCUUCCGCUGCUGCUGCUUCCGCUGCUGCUGCUUCCGCUGCUGCUGCUUCUGCACAUAAAAAGCCUGCCCCAGAGCCCAAUCAAAUCGCCAAGGUCGCGAGCAUGGGUCGCAUCAGUAAACCCGCUGCAGGGCCAGCGAGCAGGUCAGCUGCCGGCAGCGCCACUAAAGCGAGACCAACACAAACCCAAUCCAUGCCCAGCUCACCGCUGCCCCAGCGCGCCGCAACGCCAACGCGGCUGAGCAGUCGCGUCCGCGAGACAGCGGAACGUCUUGCCCAACAGCACACGGUGGCCAGCGCACAGCGGCAGGCGCAGGUUAAGGGGAAUGGAAACGGUCAUGGACACGGACAUGGACAUGGACAGGGGCACGGGAACGGGCAUGGAAACGGGCAUGGGAACGGGCACGGGCACGAGUCACGUGCGCGCAGUCUCAUCAAUAGAUUCAACGAAACGAAACAUAUCACGUCCUAGCUUUUAUGUCGCUUAAAGCUGAUUUACUUAAUUCACUUUAUUAUUGCAAAUAUCAUUAAUUAUUUUUUUUAUUUUGUUUUGUGUUGUGUAUGUAAAAAACAGACAAAAAAGAAAACAAACCCAAGGAAAAUCUGUACGAAACACUCGAAUAUAUAUGUAACAUACAUAUUUACAUAUAUGUAUAGGCAUAUACAUAUAUACCAUAUAUAUGGCUGCGAAUGCGAACUAAUUGUAAUCCAAAUCCGAAUCCAAAAUGCACCCAACAUUAUAGGCACUGGCACUGGCACAGGCACAUCGCACUGCACUUAGGCUAGACAAAGGCUAAAUAUUUAAAUUAUUGUAUCGAUUUAUAUACAUAAUAUCUAUUUACCAUACUAAUUAAAGUUAAUAUAACGAAGCCAACGCUGUCAAGCUAUAGGCAAGAAUCCAUCAAGAAA